ACCAGCCGCCCAGGGGUCCCCCCUCGCAAGGCCUAAAGAUGCCAACCCACCGGCUGGUGAUUGUGAGGCAUGGCGAGAGCACGUGGAACCAGGAGAACCGCUUCUGUGGCUGGUUCGACGCCGACCUGAGUGCCAAGGGGGCCGAGGAGGCGACACGGGGGGCCCAGGCCCUGAAGGAGGCUGGCUAUGAGUUUGACAUCUGCUUCACCUCGGUUCUCAAGCGAGCCAUCCGCACCCUCUGGUUCAUCCUGGAUGGCAUUGACCAGAUGUGGCUGCCCGUGGUCAGAACUUGGCGCCUCAAUGAGCGCCACUAUGGUGGCCUCACUGGCCUCAACAAGGCCGAGACGGCUGCCAAGCAUGGCGAGGAGCAGGUCAAGGUAUGGCGCCGCUCCUAUGACGUGCCCCCACCCCCCAUGGAUGAGCACCACUCCUUCCACCAGAUCAUCAGCAAGGCACGGCGCUAUGCAGAUCUGAAGCCCGGAGAGCUGCCACUGUGCGAGAGCCUCAAGGACACCAUUGCCCGGGCACUGCCCUUCUGGAAUGACCACAUUGCCCCCCAGAUCAAGACCGGCAAGCGGGUCCUCAUUGCUGCCCAUGGCAACAGCUUGCGUGGCAUUGUCAAACAUCUAGAAGGCCUAUCAGAUGCUGCCAUCAUGGAGCUAAACCUGCCCACAGGCAUCCCCAUCGUCUAUGAGCUGGACGACAACCUCAAGCCCACCAAGCCCAUGCAGUUUCUGGGCGAUGAAGAAACCGUUCGCAAAGCCAUGGAGGCAGUCGCCGCUCAGGGAAAGGUCAAGAAGUGAGGGAGGGGCCAUGGAAUAAACCCCUGAAACCAUC